GCGCUGCAGAUCUGCUGGCGCCAGGGGCUUCCUGCUCCGCUCUGCAGUGCGCGGUGGCUCGCUGGGCCCUGGGUGGGCGGGGCCGCACCCCCGCAGUCGCCUGUAAAGGAGGGACCGGACUGUGGGGGUUAAUUUGAGAAGUGGCGGCUCUAGGUUCUGGUGCGAGACUCCUUAUUUGUGUUGUAAAUUUGGACGGAGGUAGAGAUGGACGCUGCUCUCCUUAACACUGAGUUCUCAGUCUGGAAAGGUAAAGACAUUUGAACUGCUGUCGUCCCUCAGAAAAAUGGUGGCAAGGUUACUACUGCUCCAGAAAAUAAAGUCGGGGGGAAAACGUCUCUGGCUCCCGUGGUUGCUGAGAAACUAACAUCACCACACAGGAAGACAGCCACGUGGGCCAAAUGGCCAAAAGACAGGAGGAGUGCCAAGAAGAGAAGUGGGAACGAUGAGGAGGAAGAAGAUAAGAACACGGAGUUGGGCCAAGAUGAGAAAGAGCCUAUCAAAAAAACACCUGAUAAAUGGAAGAAGGAGAUGGCUAAACAGAAGGCUUCCCCUGAAAUCAAAAAACAGAGAUUGGAAGCUCGAAAUACCAAAACACUUGAUCAAGGACCUGCCUGAUAAAGUCACUCAGCGUGAGUUAAAAGAAGUGUUUAAGGAUGCCUUUCAAAUCAGAUUGGUGAGCAAGGAUGGGAUGAAUAAAAGGAUCGCCUAUGCUGACUUCAAAUCACAGGCUGAUGCAGAGAGGGCCUUAGAAGACAAGCAAGGAACAAAGAUUGGAGGGCUUGCCAUAGCUCUGGACCCUGUUGGAGAGAAAAGUCAAGGCCAAGAAGAGAGAGGCUGGAAGAACAGCACGUGGAGAAUGGGAAAACGAAAGCUAGAGCAAGAAAGCCACACAUUUCAAGAAAAAUGGGAGCGAGCCUAUUUCUUUGUGGAGGUAAAGAAUGUCCCUACGUGUUUAAUAUGCAAACAAAGCGUGUCUGUGUCGAAGGAGUAUCACCUCAGACACCAUUAUGAAACAAACCACAGCAGGAACCAUGAGGGAUAUACAGAAAAGAUGCGUGAUAAAAAACUAAAUGAGCUGAAAAAAAGACUGAAAUUUCAACAUGAUGUCCUUUUGAACGUGAAUAAAAUAAGUGAUGCUGCUAUGAAAUGCAGUUACGUAUUAAGUGAGAAAAUUGCCCGGGCGUCCAAACCUUUUACAGAUGGCGAGUUUAUAAAGGAAUGUCUGUUGAGUGCCGCGGAGAUUAUGUGCCCUGAACAGAGACAUGCAUUUGCGAACAUAAGACUAAGUGCUAAUAUUGUUCCGCAGCACAUUGGCGAUGUGGCUGGGAACUUACAGGACAAGUUGCGAGGAAAAGGUAAAUCAUUUGUGGCUUUCUCCAUUGCAGCUCAUGAAGGGGCUGAUGUAGAUAAUGCCCCCCAACUGGCUGUAUUUAUUCGUGGUGUUGAUGAAACUUUUGAUGUGACCGAAGAGCUUUUGGACAUGGUACCCAUGACAGGCACCUCAUCAGGAAACGAAUUAUUUGUAUGUGUUGAGGAAAGUCUUAAAAAAUUUAAUGUAGACUGGUCGAAAUUAGUCAGUGUUAGCACCGAUGGCAAUUCUGCACUGGUUGGUGUUGAACAACUUGUUACAGAACUUAAAUCUAAGGUGUCAGGGCUUUGCAAAGACACAGAGCUUAAGUCUGUGCACGGCCUCAUUCUCCAGGAGUCACUUUGCACUAAAAAGUUAAAAAUGGAUCAUGUCAUGGACAUAGUAAUUCACACCAUAACCUGGAUACGUUCCCAUGGCUCAGACCACAGAGAGUUCAGUGCUUUGUUCAGUGAGUUAGAUGCACAGUAUGGAAGCUUGUUCUCCGUGGGACUUAAGUGGCUGAGUCGUGGCAUGGUGUUAAGGCGGUUUUUCGAACUGUUGGAAGAAAUUGAUUUUUUCAUGUCUUCUAAAGGAAAACCUGUUCCCCAGCUUACUAGCAAAGAUUGGGUCAAAGACUUAGCCUUUCUGGUUGACAUUAUGACUUACCUAAACAUGUUGGAUAUCUCCCUGCAAAGGCGUUCACAAGUGGUUACGCAGAUGUAUGACUCAAUUCACUCGUUUUUAAUGAAACUGUGUCUUUGGGAGACUCAUUUGGCAAGGAACAAUCUGGCCCACUUCCCCACACUGAAAUUAGUUUCCGAAAAUGAAAGAGAUGGCCUGAACUAUAUUCCCAGAAUUAAAGAGUUGAAGACUGAGUUCCAAAAACGGUUCUCUGAUUUCAAACUUUAUGAAAGCGAGCUGACGUUGUUCAGUUCACCUUUCUCAGUUAAUAUUAACAACGUGAGCGAGGAGCUACAGAUGGAGGUUAUUGAACUACAGUGCAACACGAUACUGAAAACGAAAUACGACUGUGUCGGAAUCCCAGAAUUCUACAAACACCUUGGCAAUGGUUACCCUAAAUAUAAGAACCAUUGUGCAAAGAUUCUGUCCAUGUUUGGAAGUACCUACGUUUGUGAGCAGCUAUUUUCAGUUAUGAAACAACAGAAAACUAAGUAUUGCCCCCAGUUAAAAGAUUCAGGGGUGACUUCCCUGCGGCACGUUGCUGCACCAGAUACACACCCUGGCGUCGAAUGACACCUCGGGGCUUAAGAAAGGAAUGUCACGUUUUGGAUUUCAAAUCUAAGGAGUAAUACAUUAUGAGACUUUGAUUAUUUCGAUUUCCAAAUUGUAUUUGUUCACUGUCAAAUUUAAACCACAAUCUCUGGCAUCCUAUGUUUGUAUCUUACCACGUAUAAAAUAAAGUUUGAUUAUACCUUG